GUACAUAUCGGAGUGUUAAACAAGUUCGAAUUGCAAUAACAACUACUUGCAAAUAGGUUUUCAUUUCAAAGUGUUGGAGUAGAAAUAAACAUACAACAAUAUAGCACGUGCCCGUGGCGACAUUCCUCGAUUUAUUAUCAAAUUUUACCACUAUGUUACUCUAGUUCCGAUAGAGAUAUAUCAGGUUCAAGGUUCAAGAAAUCAUUCGAAACAGAAAUGCUAUAGAGAUGGUGGGGUAGAGUUUAUGUUUAAGAGAGAAAUUCCCAGCAUCAAUUUAAAACAAUUUGUAAACAAGUCGGUGUCUUUCUGAAUCUUUUUCAAAAUGUUUCGCAUCAGACUCUCGCUCGUGCUAAUGUUUAUUGUGCCAAUUUUUGGCGCGAUUUUCAAACUGCCCUCGUUCCAUCUAACCGAUACAGACGAUGAACUUCCACCGAUUGAGAACAGUGUUGAUGAGGAUUACGAAGCCGAACCCUUUGCUGCCCUUAGUGAACAGGAAUUUACCGCCCUUCGCAUAGAAUACAUCAAGAACCAGAUCUUGAAGAAAUUGAGGCUCAAGGAAAAGCCGCAAAUAACCUUGGCCGAUCUUCCAAAGCCGGUCAAGGAAUCGGAAAACCUUUUCCCCGACCAGGACAGGAACUUCCUGAGCAACUACGACGACGAUUUUUAUGGGAAAACUACCCAGGCUGUGGUGCUUCCCUAUGAAGAUGAAGCCCGCUGUUUGAGGAAAGUUAUAUUUCCAUCGUCAUGCCUUCCAUUUCAAAUGCCCAACGACAUCCACAGCUCGGAUGUAAGCUCUGCAGAACUAUGGUUCCACAAGAAAUCCGAUGUGAUGGACUCGCACAAUCAGACUUUCAUCAUUUCCGAAGUUGCUCACUGGGAUACGAAUAAAAGUUUCCAGAAAACCAAACCCAUUGCCAUCCAGGAGACAGAUUUAGAAGAGGGGUGGCUAAAAGUGGAUGUGACUUUCGUCGUAAAAAACUGGCUUGAAUAUCAGGACAAUCCCAUUCACGCUAUCAACGUAGUGUGCAAAACUUGCGGAAUCGACAAAAGCCAAUCACCGCUCUCGUCUUCAGGUGACCUGAAGCCUUUCCUCAUCAUUUACACGCAUUCGCAGCCCAAAAGGACUUUGCUCCAUCGAAGGCAGAAGCGUUCCUUGGAGUGCAGCGUCUCGAAAAACGAAUGCUGCAGAGAAAGCCUCAACAUCUCGUUUGCAGAUAUUGGAUGGGACGAUUGGAUUAUCAGGCCAAGAUAUUACAACGCGUAUUUUUGCAGGGGAUCCUGCACCACACCCACGGCAAUUAUGAAUAGCGCCAGCACGCAUAAUAGUAUAUUACAGAAGAUAAUGAGCAAGGGAAAUCAAAGAGGGUCGAGACCAGAACUCACCCCUUGCUGUGCGGCGACACAGUUCCAACCCUUGCAGUUAGCUUAUAUGGAUGGAAAUAAAACAGUUACGACAAAAGUGUUGUCUAAUAUGAUAGUGGAAACUUGUGGAUGUAUGUGAACAACCUGUUCAUCAAUUGCUUAUGUAUGCAUCAGUAUUUUGUAGUGAUAUCAAAAAACAUUGGCGCUAUAUAGUUAAUUUUUAACCUACAGUAAAUUAGGUUAUUUUUUUUGUUACCCUAUCCACUAGAUAAUUUCGUUUGAGUGUGAAAGUUGUCAAAUAUAAAAUGCCAGGCAAUCAUAAAAAAUAAAAUAAAUGACUCUUCGGGACAUAAUAUAAUAUAGUAAUUAAAGAUAUUUUAUUUUAUUUUUUUUCGAGUGCCGAAUUAGGACUAUUUUGAAUUGGUAUUGGCUGGACCAAUAUGUCAUAUCUUUGCGCAGGCGCAUUCCGUAGCUCUUAGACUCCUCAAUUUUUAAUUAUUUUUAUAAAACUGUUCAGUACACUACUGAAGAAAUGGACUUGUAGCCUGAUAUGUGUGAUAUUUUAAUUUAAGUACUAGAGUUUUGUGUGUGUUUGUAAAAUAAUUUAAUUUAUUGCUAAUUUUUUAUUAAAUUAUUUAUA